AUGUUUAUCAAAUCGGCCCUUAUCGGGGCAGUUGCCUUCUCUGGCCUUCUGGCCUCUGCCCAUCCUGGACCACAUGUAGAACCCAGUCCGUCAGAGCUGGCAACGCGGUCUGAGAAGGCAAAGCAGUGUUCCAAUAUGGUUGGAGAAAGCAAGAUGAAGAGACAUGCCCUUCGUCGCAGAGAAAUGGCUAAGAGAGAUCUCAAUGGAGAAACUACUUAUGAAAUCCAUGCUGAGGCGCCCAAGUACGAUUUCUUGAAAAAUGGCACCACUGUUCUGACUCCUGAAGUGAGUGAGGGACCCUACUGGUAUCCACGGAGCCAGAAACUUCGGCAGGAUAUUGCGGAAAGUCAAGAGGGCGUUCCACUUGUGCUGGAUAUUGCGCUCAUGGAUAUUGAUACCUGUGAGCCACUGACCGGUGUUUUGGUAGAUAUCUGGCACUGCAACGCCACUGGCUCUUAUAGUUCCUUCACUGGUCUGGAUCCAAAUGAGUCAUUUGGAAAGGUGUACAAAGAACAGACCGGAAGAACUUUUUCCACAUCUGACGGGCUUCCACAGUCCGAGCUGGAGGGCCUUUCGACCGAUAGCGAGACCUGGCUUCGAGGCAUGUGGCCCACGGACAUACACGGCGCGACCUCUUUCCAGACCAUUUUCCCUGGAUUCUACAUCGAACGUGCGAUUCACAUCCAUGUCCAGGUUCACACGAACUGGAGUGUCAUACUCAAUGGUACUAUAUCUCAUGGGCCCAUCGUUAGUACUGGACAGAUCUUCUUCGCUGAGGAAUUGGAGGAGGAGAUUAUGGCUAUGGAGCCUUAUGCCAGCCAUACCCAGAUUUCCCGCCUGAAGAACGUCAAUGAUGGAAUCUACACCAAUGAGUCCUAUAAUAAAAUUCUAGCUGGUGCAAUGACUAUCAUGGAUACUGAGCCCCUGGAUGGAAAGUCUUACAAGAGUGGUGUCCUUGGAUACAUCACUCUGGACACCAUUGAAGGCGUGCAUACUAGCGUCACCUGGGCAGGCACUUUGUAA